CAUCAACCCACGAACGCAAAAAGAACCCGCCGGUCAGGUGUCAGUCGUUCCGCAAUGGCCUUUAGGAUAAUGAGGAAGCGCAAGGCCGACGAUAGCAGCCCUCCCUCGAACUCAGCGCGCAAUGUCCGACCCCGAUCUGAGGACAGCUUUCCGCCUCCAAGCCCGCCUGUAAUUCCUGAGACCUGUCAGUAUCAACUGAAAGUACUUGCAAAUAUACCAGAAAGCCUGCCCUUUUUUACAGUGACAGCCCUAACGAUCUCCAAAUCCUGCGCACUCGAGUCCCAAGCGGCACCAUAUCUAGUGAAUACACUCACAGAGGCAUUAAGGGAUGAGGGUGCAGACCAGAAUAAAGUGGAUACAGCGAGGGCAAUAUGGGAAAAUAGUCACAAUUUAUGCAAGGCAAAAGAGAUUGGAGCAACACUGGGUACAGUUGAUUCUCUGCGAAAAGGGCUCUACUUCCUAAUUGAAGGGGCCAAGGAAUGUUCCUCAUCCCAGGUUACAGCGCAAUUACAACGCCGUCUCAAUGCUGCCAUAGCUGAAUGCUUGGCUGGCAAAGACGACGGAAUACGCGUUGAGGAAGCUUUCAGCGAGUCAGCAACACCAACCAAUCGCGAAGGCAGUCCAGGAGCUUCUAGAUCCAUCAAUAAGGGUCAGAAACCGUCUAGCGAGGCUACGAAGCUUUUUCCAAACUAUUUAAGCCAUAACGACGACUCUUCAGCGAGCUACCUUGAUGGCCCCCAAAGUCGAGCGUCAAAUGAAGGCAAUCAGGGGAGUGUGGCGAGAGAAGCCACUAGUGCUUGUUUGGACACUAUCGACCAGCUUAUUUCGGACGGGGCAAAAGCAGCCGAGGCUCGACUCUCGGCUGCUCCCUACGGAGGAGAACAGCAAGACAGUGGAAAUUCUGACUCACAGUCAAAGGCCGAUAUCUUGGCAUUACUAGAAGCUGGUCUCAGUGGUCCUAUAGUACCUUUUGCUACUAAUUGGCUGCGCCAGGAGAGCAGCAGCACACCAAAUAGCGAAGUUUCCUCGUCUGAGGCACUUCUGAACAAGCAACCUGCAGAUGGAGCGAAGGACUUCCUAACUCCAAGCGACACAAAGUCCCUUAAGGCGGUCCCGUCUAUUAAUGGCGCACCUCCUAUCAGGGUAGCAAGAAUACCGUAUAUCGAUAUGGGGUACAACGAGGCUCUAAAACAAGAGCCACGAGUCAAAAGGGAAUAUAUGUCUUUGGAUUCUAAUCGGGUCUUCUCCGAUCAAGCUGGCCCAAACUUGGCGUAUGGCACAGCUUCUACUGGAAAUGCCGGAUACAAGCUCGUGAUAGGUGGCCACACACAAUCAAAACGACGCUUACCGGACCGUCCGCUGUCUGAACACAUAUCAUCUGGAAACAUACAUGACAAGGGUUCAUCUCAGUCGAUCCCGGAUCGCUUGACCUGUUUCUUUUGGUUCUCCCAAGGCUUCUGUAAAAGGGGAGAUCGUUGCAAAUUCCGCCACGAAUUGCAGGACUAUGUUGCGAGCUACCCAAAAAGUGGCGACAUGCCCAUAAAGGUCAUUCCCAUGAGUACUAUGGAGGAGACAAGGAAGGCCACGCUUGCCAGUGAUCCAAACCACGUGAGCGUACGCGAAGGGCGAAACGAUCCGAAGCCAAAUUCUGACGCUGCACUCACGGAUACCCCUAUCUUAGAUUUGUUGCUGGAUGACUGUAUUCCUAUUGAGCCUGGCUCAGCUUCUAGAGUUAUCUCAUCAAUUAUCUCUAAUAUAAGGGCGAGGAGGAACUGCUCCCAGGGUGACUUCGUCACGGAGUUGUACGAUCACAAAGGCAAGCUUUCUAGCUUUGACCUUGAUCGCCAUUCUGGACUGCCAAGCAAGCUGGGAGGUGCGAUGACCAAAGUCUCUUACAACCCUGAUCAUACUCGCAGAACGCUCGAUGAGAUACUAAAGCCGUUUGUGGAAGCGAACAGAAACAAGUUUCCGGACUUGCCAGAGAGGACAUUCAAGAAACAGCGUGAAGGAGGCGGAAGAUCGCAGGCGAAUUGGCCGUAGAAGAACUCCAGCGAGAAGGUUUGACGCCCUGCGAUAGAAUAAGUUUCGCAGGGGCGGAUCUAAACGGUUGGUUUGGCCGGAUAUGCGUGUUUAUUGUUGCAGUAAAUGUAGAUGUUGGAUCCCGUAGUUAGUCUAGCUAUUCGCAGCAAUGUGCAAUAUUGAUUUCUAGC